AUGGUUAUUAAAUUAUACAUUUCUGGAAUCUCUGGUAAUAAAGAGGUUAAAAAAAAACAACAAAGAGUUCAAAUGAUUCUCGAUAGUAAGCAAAUAACAUAUGAAGCAAUUGAUAUAACAGAACCAGGAAAAGAAAAAGAUAAAGAAUUUAUGCAACAAAAUGGAAAAGUAAGGGAAAGCCUUGGAAAAUAUCCUUUACCCCCUCAAAUAUUUAAUGAUGAUGAUUUUUGUGGAGACUAUGAAGACUUUGAUUUGGCAAAUGAAAUAGAUGAAUUAGAAAAAUUUCUACAUUUAAGUACAACUAAUUCAAAAAUUUUAGACAAUGAAUUAAAGGUAAAUGGAGUUCAAGAACAAAUAAUUGAUUCGACUACAUCUGAUGAUACUGAACAAGCAGAAGAAGUUGAGAAAAAAAAUGAGGUUAAUGGUGACAUUGAAGAUGUUACUUCUACUGUUAAAAAUGACAUUGACUCUAGUUCAAACAAUUUCCCCGAAGAAAAUUCUAUCCCCGUUAAAGAGGAUGAUGUGGAAGAAAAUGUAGAAUUAGACAAAAAUGAAUUGUGUGAGGAAAAAACAGAAAUUACAGAUGAGGAGGAAAAACCUCAAAAUGAGGAGGUACAGAGACUUGUUUGA